AUGGCAAAGAGAGACGCUGAACAGGUGGCACCGCGCAAGCGCAAGCGCACAGAAACGUCCGCAUCACAAGCCGUGUCGCCUGCCGCGCCAAGCGGCGCCGACUAUGUAGCGCCUCCAUUUGUCCCACGCAACACGAGCGUGCCGGAAAAGCUCGAGUACACCAAGCGUGCUGAAGGCCACGUCCGUAUUUGUAUCUGGAACAUCACCUCACUGAAAAGUUCCGAUGCAAAAGGUCUUAUGCGGUACAUUGCUGCCGAAGAUGCGGAUAUUGUCGUGCUGAGCGAGACCAAGGUGAAUGCGCCGCCGGAGCAUGCAGGCCUCAACGCUAUGUACAAGUACCGCUACUGGGGAAUCGCCGAGCGCAAAGGGUACGCAGGCGUCGCAGUCCUCUCGAAGUACAAACCGGACGCCGUGCACUACGGGCUCCCGGGCUUUGACGAUCCAAGUUCGCGUGCGCGUGUGCUCACGCUCGAGUUCUCGAGUAUUGUGCUGGUAGGCACGUAUGCGGUGAAUGCAGGAGAGGGUCUCAAACAGAUGGAGACCAAGAUGCGGUGGUUUACUGCGCUGGAAGCGUAUCUACAGCAAUACACGGCCAAGGGGCGCCAUGUGGUGUGGGCCGGCGACUUGAACGUCGUGUGGGACGAGCGCGAUUUGAGCGCCGCGCCGAAAAAGUGGGAGAAGGCUGCAGGGUACACGGCGCUGGAAUGUAAUGCACACCGCAAGCUCCUCGCGGCGAAUAGAAUGCAGGAUGCGUGGCGUGUGUUGCAUCCGGACGAUGCAGGUGUGUUUAGCUACUAUGGCUGGCGUGGAAAUUGUCGUGUGCGCGGCGCGGGCUGGCGGCUCGACUCGUUUAUGGUAUCCUCCGAGAUGCUCUCGCGUGUGGCGGCGUGUGAAAUCCGGCACGAGGUGUAUGGCGCAAGCGAUCAUGUUCCGGUGAUUGCCGAUAUCCAGGGCGCAUUGUAG